CUGUUAAAAUGGCGACUACCAGGAGCGCAUCGAAACGUGCGAAAGAAAUUGAGAAAGAAACACCUUCGGAAGAAAUGGAGCAAGAAUACCUUGACAGUGAUGAUGAGAAAGAGGAACUCCCCUCUAACCCUGAAACUGUCGAGACGCGAAGGAUGCGUGUCUUCCCACGAAGCUUUCUGAGAGAAGUGUUCUCGGAAUCGAUUUUGGGAUACGUUUUUUGGUCGCUGUUCCAUGGCUUCGCCCCAAUGAUUUGGUUCUACCCCCUCAACCAGCUACAAGUUACUGGUUAUGAAGCCUAUGCAGCGGUCUGGUUCCUGCCUCUACUCUGUUUCAGCAGUAGGAUUCACAACGCCGUCCAAUCUAAACGCGGGAUGUUUAUCUUGAGGGCGCUAUGCGUGGCCAGUGUUGGCUCGUUUCAGGCGUCAACCACGCUGCAGAGAUUGCACAUCCUGACGAUGGGAAAUGGGGCUGCAAUGUUGCUCCUGUGUGGGACAUUGUGGAAUAAAUCUCUUCACCAACGGUCUGCCUCUUUCUGGGGUUUGAUGGUUGGUUUCAUAGCAUUACUAACAUCCAGGAUUUGGUACGUGUCCAUUAAUCCAACAUGGAGCGAUCCCACUAGUAACUCUGUCAUCAUUGCUCUAGGAGUCCUCGCCACUCUGGAUAGAUUUACGGCAGUGGAAUACCCGGAGCCUCAAGCUGGCCAUGACCCCGAGCUGGCUGCCUCCUGGAGGCGUACAGCAAUGGGUUUUGGGAGUCUCCUAUUCCUUACUCAAUGGCUGUUUGGUGAGGUGUCUGUGCUUUGUCGAUGGACCAUCAAAGGAUCACCCUACCCUGGCCCUCAUCCAUUUCCUGGAAGCGCCGCUGUCUUUGUGGAACUCAUUACGGGUCUCCUACUGUCCUCCAAGAAGGGCCUCCCGACCAACUUCCUCUGGUCCUGGUUCAUCGGCGUCCACUGCUUCCUCGGUUUGUACUACCUGGGGGCCUACCUGGGCUUCUUCUGUGGUCUCCUCCUGUCCAUGUACACCAUGUCCGUCUGGCCUGAGAUGAUUGACCGACUGACCAGUUGCCCACCGGCGAAGACGCUGACUUUCGCUAUGGCAAUCUACCUCGUUGAGAUGCUAUUCAGUGUUUGGACGACUGCGUUUAAUUUUGUCCCCGGUGGAGCGAUCACCAGAGAAAUGACUCUCCUCCUAGCCGCCUUUGUCAUGUUCAACAUUUUGAGAGCUUUACUCUUUGGGAAGUCUAAAGACCACGAAGAGCCGUCCAGUAAGCAUACUGCCUUUCCCAACUUAGACGGAACAGGGACAUACCAGAUAUUCGCCGAUGCUAAGAUAUAUCUUAUUCUUCUUCUCUUGAUGGGCUGUGGAGGUUUCUUGACUCGAUUCCAUCCGGAGAAAUACAGACAAACGGUCAGAGAACACCCAAGACAGUUUACCGGUAUGGUGUGGACGGCACAUUUCCUCUAUGACAACCAGGGUUGGCCGAGCUUCGAACGGGCUUCCAAAAUGAUGGAAGAUUCAGGUGCUGAUGUUAUAGCUUUACUUGAAGUUGAUGCAUCCAAACCAUACCUUGGAUUGAAUGACAUCAGUAUGUGGCUUGGGGAGAGACUAGGCAUGUAUGAUGACUUUGGGCCAGCUACAAAAGACCAUACGUGGGGGAGUCUCUUCUUGUCCAAGUACCCCAUCAUCUCUUCCGAGCACUACCUCCUCCCGUCUCCUGAAGGAGAGCUAGCGCCAGGGAUCCAGAUUACCGUCAACAUCUCCGGUACUUUGGUGGAUUUUGUCACAUCUCACAUGGGCAACUACAAAGAUAAUGAAGACAGAAAGUUGCAGGCGGAAGUUCUUUCCAACAUCACGAGACGAAGCCCAAAUCCCACAGUGUUUAUGGGAUACAUGACCUCUGAACCCCAAAGCAGAGACUACAAAAGAUUCACACGAUUUGGUAAACUCAAGGACAUUGACCCUACUGAUGAAAACAGGUGGUGUGAGUACAUUUUCUACAAGGGGUUAAUAAGGGAAUCCUAUGGUCGGAUUUCCAAAGGAGACCUUAGCGAUACCGAGGUACAGAUUGCUAAGUUCACCAUUCCUGAAACUAAGAAGUACAAGGAUAACGACGCCGUGACGAUAGAUAAACAUGAAGUAGAUGAGUCUGCAUGGCUCCCAGAUGCAUUUGGUUCCAACUACGGCGGCCAUUACUACAAACAGGAUCAACAUUAUCACAUGGGCACACCUAAGUACUUUUACCGCCGCAGCGAAACUACAAAAGACAACUCCGACGGGAAGCCCAAGAAUAGUCCAGAGAGUAUUACCGUCUAAGAAGCAAGAAACAACAUUCAUAUUAUCAUCUUGCUUACUUUUGUUAUGUUUAUUUCAUUACAUGUCCAACAGCGGGAGCGCUAAUAAUGAGUUGGAAUUGAGAAGAAAAGUUCAGUUUUAGAUGUAGGAGGGAAAGUUCAAUUUGGAAAAAAAGGGGUAGGGACUGUAAAUCCGAUCCAAAUGCAAAGCUCCAGGUCUGAGGUGGGAUUCGAACCGGGGUCCACAGAUGUAAAGGGCAGGGAAAGAAACCACUGAGCAUAAUUAAUACCAGUGUUAGUUGAGUUGAGUUACAAAUGGUGAAAAUAUUUUUAAAAUUAAGAAAACCCCCAAAACUUUCAUUUCAGGAAGGUCGCACAUGGUUCAAUAAAAUGGGCUUCGUGCUUCCCUGAAAUAUCUAUUUAAAAAAAUGUUAUUCUGCAUAAAAAUUGAGAAUUUAUUCUAAAUCUAGAAACUUUUCUAAUCUCAUGGGACGAGUUUGGUACCAACUGUCCAGAGAAAAUUCUUCCGUCUGAAAUACUACAUGAGAAACUUGUUGCCAUAAACUGGGUUUUUUUUGGUUGGGGGGGGGG